AUGCCUGCCUCCUCGGGGCUCGGUCUCGAGCUGCCGCUGACACAGACACACACGCACACUCUCUCUCGCAGCGCGGACCAUUCCGUCGUGGCCACCGCCCGUGACUCUACUGCUGCGGCCUGCGUUGAGACGGGGGCUUCUGGAGGUAGCCGGAUCCAGCUGGACGUCGACAGCAACCUCGAUGAGAUCAUGCGAUGCAUCAACAGCGUGCUGCCGUACUUCGGGCCGCUCAGAUUCAGCUGGGGCGCCACCAUCGUCAACAUGGGCAGCGGCCUGGCCAAGACUCUGGUGCUCGAGGCAGGGCCGCCCGCCCCGGCAGAGACCCGCAUGGUGGCUUGCAUGAUCUGA